AUGUCGGCAAGAGGUUGUGAAGGAGGAUGUGUGAAGCUAGACAUGACCAAGAAUGCAAAAACAAGCAUGUUUCAAAAGCAAAACUCUACAAAAAGUGUUGAUGGUACUACUAAUAAAGCAAAAGGUACCACAACAACUUGCAGCUUCAAGAUGCCAAAUAGAUCAGAAUUAUCUCCUAUUAAACUUUUCAAACACAUUGGAGGAAAGAUGGUUGCGGUUGUGAAGAUGAUGUCUUCAAGGGGAAGUAGGAGAAGUUGUAGGAAAGUUACUAAUUCCUCAGAAAAAACAGCAAUUUCUAAAUCAUUGGUUAUUCCAAAUAUUGAUUCUCAUAGGGCUGAGGCAAUUGAUGAUUGUAUUCAGUUCAUCAAUAUGUCUUCUUCCUUGCCAAGAUCUAAUUCAGUGUCUUAA